UUGACCUGUACCUGGCCGGCUGGGAGUGACGUGUGACUUCCACUAGAGGGAGACAGAGUCAUGCAGGACAUGUCCCAGCGAUGUUUGUGACAGCAUGUCGUCAACUCCGCCAGUACAAUGGAACUUGCCUGGGACGUUCGUAGGACAACGUUGCACAGCUCUGGAAAGCUAAUGAACCUCAGAAGAUUCUAUCACAGACGUGGUUCUGAACACUGCUGAAGAGGGUUGGAGGCAGAAGUCUUUGCUGAUGUAAGACCACGUCUGUUUCUCUUGAGUGUUGUCCGGAGUCUAAAGGUCAGGCUCCGCAUCCACCAGUCCUCCCUCAGAUGGCUGGAUUUCGUGAGAUACAUUCUGGUGAUGAAUGAUGGGACGAGAUCAGAAUCCGAUCAAAGCGGUCUGCACAUCCCGCCUCAAUGUGCACACGCAUCACAUGUGGUUACCACACUGCUCAAGAGCUUCAUCUCUUUUGAGACGUGAACUGGAGCGGCGAGGAGCUGAAGGUCAGAAACUCCUGGCACCACAACUAUGCAAAAAAGCUGCAGGGAGCUGUACUCGAUGGACAAGUGAUGAAUGUCAACAGUCUCCCUGGUCCUCACACUGAGUUCCACCUUUCUUUUUGGAAAAUGACUGUCUUUGGCGAAGACCUUCCCGCUGCCUGUGAACUUGACAGCUACUCUGUCCCACAGUCGCGCCGCGAGUUUCAGACGUACGGGCUUCGCAGGAGUCCCUGAAGGCAGCGGCCGGCCCUCGCUCCCGGGAGACUCGCUCCGCGGACGGACGGACGGACGGGAGGGAUGAGGUGAGGCGGGACUCCACCGGAUCAUGGCGGCGCCUGUCGGGCGCGACUCCUUACCUGAGCACUGGUCGUACGGCGUGUGCGCGGACGGCAGGGUCUUCUUCGUCGACGACGAGACGCGGACCACCACCUGGCUGCAUCCGCGCUCCGGCGAACCGGUGAACUCCGGACACAUGAUCCGCUCAGAUGUGCCCCGGGGAUGGGAGGAGGGCUUCACGGACCAGGGCGCCAGCUACUUCAUCAACCAUAACCAGGGGACCACGGCGUUCCGCCAUCCUGUGACCGGACAGAUUUCUCCAGAGAACGUGGAUUUCAUCCUGCAGGAACAGCCGCUGGGGGCUCGCAUGAUGUCCAAACCCGCGGGUGAGCAGCUCUCCAGCACCACAGUCAGCGAGGCCUCCACCGCCAUCACCUCCUCCACUGUGGACAGCACCUCUGCCUCCAAGGGCUCCCGGUCCAGUGCUAAGGUGCACAGCUUUGGGAAGAGAGAGCAGGCCAUUAAGAGGAAUCCCAAUGUCCCUGUGGUGGUUCGAGGAUGGCUUUACAAACAGGACAGCUCUGGGAUGCGUCUCUGGAAGAGGAAGUGGUUCGUCUUGGCAGAUUUCUGUCUGUUCUACUACAAAGACAGCAGAGAGGAAUCGGUCCUCGGCAGUAUUCCUCUGCCCAGCUAUGGCAUUUCACCUGUGGGACCCGAGGACCACAUCAGUCGCAAGUAUGCCUUUAAGGCUAGCCACACGGGUAUGCGCUCGUACAUUUACAAGGAGAGCUCUGUGAUUGGCUCACAGGCGGAGCACACUGGGAUGCGGACGUAUUACUUCAGCGCCGACACCCAGGAGGACAUGAACACCUGGCUGAGGGCCAUGAACCAGGCGGCAUUGAUGCAGAACCACGGCGAUGCAUUCAUCAGACCAUCUGACAAGUUGGAGAUGAUAAGCGUGUUGCAGCAGCAGGCUGUUCCACAGACGAACCACGUGAACCACCGCAAGACCAAGACUUCCGACUCUGACGCCACCAGGCCAAUCGUCCACGAGGUUCUCCUGGAGCCCAUACACCGCGACGCAGAGGAGCGCUGCAGCUUCCACAAAGACUCUCCCGCCGCCACCAUGGGGAGCACCGGCCUGGAAAUGGACACGCACACGUCCCUGCCCUCCAACCCCACUCCCUCCGCCGUCUCACACUCGGACCUCGGGUCGGCCUCUGCACCCGUGUCCAGGGUGCCGUCCCGGGCGCCGUCGCGAGCCGCCUCAACGCUGCCUUCCAGCGUCUGUACGAGAAAUGGCCUUGUGCAAACUCCAAGCCCCAUCCUGGAGCCCAACGGGAUCGCAGCGGGGACUUACCAGAGGGCCCCAGCGCCGCCCCCUGCUGAUACACACAAGCAGGUGCAUAGGAGGAGCGCUCUGGAGCAAGUGGAGCACUGGGUCAAAGUGCAGAAGGCAGAGCAAAAAGGCCCCCCAUCCAGAGAGAACACCCUCCCACGUCGCACACCACCAACCCAGCACAAGUUCACAUCCGUGGAUGUAUACCAAACCCUGCCGAAGACCCCGCGGCAGAGCCCCCCACCUGCCCGACUCGGUGAGUACAAGUACGCCCAGGACCGCCUGAGCCACUUCCGCCUCACCCCCGAGCAGGGUGUCACAGGAUCCAACACCGUGUGGCAGCUGUAUGAGUGGCAGCAGCGUCACCAGUUUCGUCACGGCAGCCCAACAGCGCCGCUCUACACCCCGGCUCCGGAGUACCCCUUUGGCUCCCGCCCCCCUUCCACUGUGCCACCCUCCUCCUCGGCCCCCAGGCCUGACGGGCCUCCCCGCUGUGUGUCGGUACCACCCUCGUCGGCGGACAUCCCCCCACCGGGACCCCCGCCGGGUACCAGCCGCACCCUGUCACCUACACGGAGGCCGCAUACGCCAGCUGAACGGGUGACAGUCAGGCCUGUGGGUGACAGGUCAGUGGUGGACAUCCCCUUCACCGUGUCCCCCCGGAGGACCAAAUCUCAGCUGUUCAAGGCUUCUACUAUUGAGAGACGGUCACUGCCUCCCUCUGGCUACAUCACACACACAGUCAGUGCACCCAGCCUUCAUGGCAAAACGCUGCGUCGUCAUCAGGCCAAGAUGGCCUCCGCACGCCAGCACGCAUUAACCCAGCUCCAGCGGCUCAACGGCCCCAAAGAGCCCUUCCACCACAACCACCUCCUCACUCCCACCACCACUAGCACCAGCCCCCUCCUCGGGUCCAGCCCCUCUCCUGUGUCCCACCUCGGACAUGUGGGCACCAAGGUGGAUGACACCUACAUGCAGCUGAAGAAGGACUUGGAGUAUCUGGACCUGAAGGUCGCUGGAAGUCAGAUGCUGAAGGUGUCAGGGAAACCUGUCAAGGUUGCAGAAAGUGACGUGGAUGUGACGUUGAGUCGGUUAUGUGAGCAGGACAAGAUCCUGAGGGAUCUGGAGGCGGGAAUCAGCUCCCUGAAGGACGACAAGGACAAGCUGGAGAGCGUGCUGGAUGUGUCCCACCAGCAGAUGGAGCAGUUUCAGGAGCAGCCGGCCCACGCCCAUAAGAUCGCCUAUCAGCAGAGGCUCCUGCAGGAGGACCUGGUCACCAUCAGGGCCCAAAUAUCUCGCCUCUCCACGGAGAUGGCAUAUGCCUGGGAGGAGUACAACAGGCAGGAGACAUCGGUAGAGCAGUUGAGAUCAGCGCUGCAUACACACAUGACCCACAGCGCCACCCCUCAGCAGGAGAAGGCUGAGAUGAAGCGCGAGCUGUGGAGGAUCGAAGAUGUGAUGGCCGGACUGAGCGCCAGCAAAGCCAACUACAAGAUCACCAUUGACUCUGUCCAGAACCCAGGUGGGAAGAUCAGCGCAGCAAAAACCUCCUUAGAGAGGAAACUAGUGCCUUCGGUGUCGGACCCAGCAGUGCCUUCUCAUAGCACAGAGGUCCAGCCUCCUCCUCGCAGCUCCAUCCCCAGAAUCCUCUCCCAUACUUUGCCUCACAGCACCGUGCCAAAGUGGCACGACUCACUGCUGUCCCAGGCAGAGGACAGCGCCCCACCCCGGCCACCGCUGCCCCGCCUCUACGACUACGAUGAGACGCCCCCCGUGGUGCCUCCUCUCCCCAGGGAGGCCUCAGUCAUCCGUCAUACGUCAGUGCGUGGACUAAAGCGCCAAUCAGACGAGAGGAAGAGGGACCGGGAGAGUGGGCAGUAUGUUGUCAACGGAGACUGUAAGGCUGACCUGCGAUCCUACCUGAGUGAACCGGAGCUGCCCGGAAUGGGUCACCACGACACUGGGUCUGACCUUGACUACCAGUAUUUCCCAGGCAGAGGUCUGUCGGGCUCCUCAACUCAAAUGAACCAGUCCAGCUCCAUCUCGUCCUACGUCACACUAAGGCGAGGUCCUGGGAGCUCCGUAGCCAGGGAGAGACCUAAGAGUGCCUUGGAGCGCCUGUCCUCACCCACAGAGGCCCUGCAGCUGCCGGGCGGCCAGCCUCGAGGCCGGAUGACCGCCGAGGAGCAGCUGGAGCGGAUGAAGCGCCACCAGAAGGCGCUGGUCCGCGAGCGCAAGAGGAACCUCAGCCAGGGCGAGCGCUCGUGCGCGGGCUUGUCGGCCGCCGCCACCGCCGCCUCCCAUCGCUCCUACUCCUACUCCAGGGUGACCUCCGGCGCCUCCGACCCUCCGGCCUCCGUGUUCGAUUGGCGGGAGGAGCGACUGGGGGCAGAGGGGCAGAGCGACGAGGGGCCCAGCCGAGGGAAAGAGCGAGGCAGGAUUCAGUCCGACGAGUGGGUGACGCUGACGCCGUCGCUCGUGCGAGAGGUGGACGUCGAGCCUCUCGACUACGACCUGGACAUCAGCCUAGAGCUGUCCAAACCGCGAAAGGUUCCCAUCCCGGAGCGCUAUGUAGAGUCGGACCCCGACGAGCCCGCAAGUCCCGAGGAGCUGGAGGAGCGCUCCCGCCGGGCCGAGCGCAUCAAGAACCUGCUGGCCAAGUCCAGUCUUCAUAACAUGCAGCCAGCGGGGCCGUUGGACUUCAGUGAGCUGGACUCGGCUCUCAAGCAGCAGGAGAGGAUCAUGAACGUGUCCCAGACUCUGGCUGCGGAGGCGUCGCGCAAGAGCAAAGUGGUGGCAGGGGCUGAGUGGCAGCAGAGUCGGUGAGCUUGUCUGGUCCAGGUGUCAGCCAAAGCCGCCGCGGAGCACUGACUGCCAGGAACGGCCGACGCCACGCGACACGAGGGGGAAAGGGGAAGGAUCCAAGCAUUUCUCAGCAGUUGCCGACGAACUGAUUUCACUUGUAACAAAGUCCUUUUAUAUGACAAGAGCCACAUACACAUUUCUAAAAGUGUUGAUUUGUAGCUUUCUAAACAGAAUCGAGUUUCACUGCUUCCGCACUUACAUUGCACAAUUAAUAAUAAUUUAUAAACAAGUAAAUUUCUUUUUUUUAAUCUACAGUUGAUAGAGUUGCAAUUUGGUCUGUAUUUUUAUGAGUGAACAAGAAGAGUGAAAUUAACCGCCAGCGCCAACAUGCUCAGAUAACCGUAGUAACGUUUUUACACGCGAGUUAUUUAUUUUGUGGAAUCUUUGACUUGUUUUAUUUCUACUGUAUGGUUACGCAACACUGUCACUCAACAGUCAUGGUUCUGUCAAUCAACUAAUAUCGAUAAUAGUUUAUCACAAGAACAAAGGAAUGUCAUUACACAAAAUAAAUAUGACAAGAAACAUUACAAGUUCA